UCAGCGUACUAGAUUUUUUCUUCGAGAUGACGAACAUGAAGAGGAAGUGUGUAUGAAGGGGACCGUGUAUGUGCUGUCAGCUGUCAUAUCUGAGUUUCCUGCAUUCACAGCAAACAGUUAGAUCAGCUAUGACCAUCCAGAGAUGUCCAUGGAACUUCUACUUUUUCUUGUAUGGCUUCAGGUGUAUUGCAUAUAUUUUGUCUUCGGAAAGCUGAUAGUCACCCAGGUUCCAAAUGAAAUAUACAUACGUAAAGGAGAGUCCGUCACUCUGACUUGUAGAUGGAAUAUUACAGAUGCAGAACGGAUCAGAGUGGAAUGGAGAAAACACCACAAAUUACAUCCAUGGGAUGACAAUGGAACUCAAUUGUCAAUUUACUUGUGGACACAUCCAAAUAAUACGACUACAUUUCCACUGAUGAACCAAAACAGAAGUUCUUAUGUAAUUACCAAUGACACAGCAAUGAUGACACUGGAAUCCAUCACAGAGGAAGAUGAAGGACUGUAUGUCUGUAAGAUUGUUUCUGAAAUCCCCACACUGAUCACAGGACAAGGAAAUGGUACUCUGUUACACAUCCAUAAUAAUAAAUCAGAGGGUGGUUCCCAACCCCUAAUACAUGGUUUGCUGCCCCUCAUUUGUGUAUUUCUUGUUGUGAUAAUUGUUGGAUACCUUAUUUGGAAAAGGAAGAAAAGACCAAAGAGGAGAAUCUUACAAAAAACUGAACAAGAAUCUAUGGAACUUCAUCACCUGGAUGGAGAUAAUAUUGAUGCUGAUGAGAGCUCCUCUUCUAGCAAUUCUGUGACAUGGGCUAUAUCAACACUUUACGAGUCAUGUGACUACUUUGCAAUGAAGAACAAAGAUGAGAAGCCUGCAGAGAGCUCGGACAAACUUGCUGCCUUUUCCAAUGGUCAUGCUGCCACCUCCAGCGAUCCUGCUGCCUGCUCUGAUGAUCCUGCCAACUGCUCUGAUGAUCCUGCCACCUGCUCCGAUGAUCAUGAUGCCUGCUAUGAGCAGAUUACUGCCUGCUCUACUGGAGCCACUAUGUGUCCCGAUAAACCCGCUGCCUGCUCAGAUGAAAAAAGGAGGAGUACAAGAAAAUGAACUAGUUUUGAUACUUGCCUGCAAAAAAUGAACUAACGUUUCACAUUCAACACAGUAUUAGUGAUAUUAAAUUUAAUUGUUAAUGAGAUUUUAAAAAAAAAUAUUUUUAUGAACAUACAGAUGGUAAUAGCAUGUGAAGAGUGUGAUUAGAGAAACAGUUAUUAUGAACAGUAUCUGUCAAGACUGAGGUAGGGUUGGCAGCAGGGCUCAAGUCCUGCGGGAACGCGUGGGAACGGAGUUCCUGCACUUUUU